AGAGAAAAUGUAGAAAAGAGUUGCUGUAGUUUGUGGAUGUGCGUGUGACCAGUUAUUUAUUUCUACACUCCACCAGUAACUCAAAAACACUUUGCUACUGAACUUAAAGAUUCGAAUUCCUGCACAUUUUCCCUCAUUUUCCUUCGCUUUCCUUCAAGCCAAACAUGCACAGUCUUCUAUUCUACCUUCUCUCCCUCUCUGUCUUCCUCUCACAAACUCUGUCAUCCCCAACUGAACUUGAACUCCUAAUGCAAAUCAAGGCCAGUCUUGACCCAAAUAACCGGUUCUUGACCUCAUGGGAACCCAACACUAACCCUUGCAGUGGGUCUUUUGAGGGCGUGGCUUGCAAUGGGCAAGGCAACGUAGCUAAUAUAUCUCUUCAGGGAAAGGGUCUUUCUGGUCAGAUACCGGCUGCUCUAGGUGGGCUCAAGAGUUUGACUGGUUUGUAUCUACAUUUUAAUGCAUUGAAUGGGGAGAUACCAAAAGAGAUUGCUGAGCUUACUGAACUUAGUGAUUUGUAUCUCAAUGUGAAUAAUCUAUCUGGGGAAAUUCCAAGUCAGAUUGGUAACAUGUCUAAUCUUCAAGUUUUGCAGCUGUGUUACAAUAAGCUGACUGGGAGUAUACCAACACAAUUGGGAUCUCUAAGGAAACUAAAUGUCCUUGCUCUACAGUAUAAUCAGCUAACUAGUGCAAUACCUGCAAGUUUGGGGGAUUUGAAAUUUUUGACAAGGUUGGACUUGAGCUUUAAUGGCCUUUUUGGAUCUGUCCCGAUAAAAUUAGCCAGCGCCCCUAUGCUACAAGUUCUAGACAUCCGUAACAACAGUCUCUCUGGGAAUUUACCUGCAGCUCUAAGGAGGCUGGAUAAUGGAUUCCAAUAUGACAAUAAUCCCGACUUAUGUGGAAUUGGGUUUCCUAACUUGGAAACAUGUACAGCUUCUGGUAAUUUGAACCCGAAUAGGCCUGAACCUUUCAAACCUAAUGGUACUUUGCAAAGAGAUAUCCCGGAAUCUGCAAACUUUACUUCUAAUUGUGGCCAAACUCAUUGUUCAAAUUCAUCCAAAAACCCACAAUUUGGUAUCAUCUUUGGUGUAAUUGGAGUUUUCAUUGUUUUAACCAUCAUUGUACUUUUCACGUUCACAUGGUACCGCCGUCAAAAACAGAAAAUUGGAAGUGCUUUUGAUGCUUCAGAUGGACGGCUUAGUACAGACCAGGCCAAGGAAGUUUACAGGAAGAGUGCCUCUCCACUUAUUAGCCUAGAGUAUUCCAAUGGGUGGGAUCCCUUAGCCAUAGGCCAGAAUAAAAAUGGACUUUCUCAGGAAUUUCUUGAAAGCUUCAUGUUCAAUUUAGAAGAGGUUGAACGAGCGACUCAAUGCUUUUCAGAGGUGAAUUUGUUGGGGAAGAGUAAUUUCUGUGCCACCUAUAAGGGAAUCCUAAGAGACGGAUCAGUUGUUGCUGUAAAGUGCAUCACCAAAACAAGUUGCAAAUCAGAUGAAGCUGACUUUUUGAAGGGGUUGAAGAUUUUGACCUCAUUGAAACAUGAAAAUUUGGUGAGGCUGAGAGGCUUUUGUUGCUCCAAAGGAAGGGGGGAGUGCUUUCUCAUUUAUGAUUUUGUCCAGAAUGGAAAUCUGUUGCAAUACCUUGAUGUAAAAGAAGGCACUGAGAGGGUUCUUGAGUGGUCUACCAGAGUAUCUAUCAUAAAUGGCAUUGCCAAAGGUAUUGGAUAUUUACAUGGGAAUAAAGGAAGUAAACGUGCUCUAUUUCACCAGAAUAUAUCAGCUGAGAAAGUGUUUGUUGACAUACGGUAUAGUCCAUUACUCUCAGAUUCAGGCUUGCACAAACUCCUUGCAGAUGACAUUGUUUUCUCCAUACUCAAAGCCAGUGCUGCCAUGGGAUACCUAGCUCCUGAGUACACAACUACUGGUCGUUUCACUGAAAAGAGUGAUGUUUAUUCAUUUGGUAUGAUUGUCCUCCAAAUCCUCAGUGGAAAACAGAACAUCACAGCAAUGAUUCGCCAUGCAGUGGAAUCAUACAAAGUUGAACUUUUUAUUGAUGCAAAGCUCGAGGGGAAGUUCUCAGAAUUAGAGGCAAUCGAACUUGGGAAAUUAGCUCUUCUUUGCACUCAUGAGUCUCCUGAUCAAAGGCCAACCGUGGAAACUGUAUUGAGAGAAGUAAGUGGAUUUACUGUUGCUCCUUAAUUGACAUGCAGAAUCAUGGGAGUUUCGCCUCAAUUUUCAAAUGACAAGAGGCGAGGGUUUGAUUUGAUCCCUCACUAACUACUGGCUGAUAAUAAAGCUGCGUUGCUAAUAUCUAUCUAACUGCAUUGUCCUUUCUUCAGGGCUAAAGUUAUUGUAAACAUUGGCUGUUACUGAUUUACUGUAAUCCAAGGCUCGAAAGUUGUAAUGAGCUAGAUUUAGGUGCAAGGAUGAUUUUCUCUUUCUUAGUGUUCUGUUCGAAGUUUUUGUAUGGUUACCCAACUAGAAAAUGUGCUAUCGGCCUGGUCCUUCCAGAAUUUGCUAA